AUGACGCUUUACAUUCGCCGCGAAGCUUCAAAGCUAUGGAAGAGAGUUUGUUCGGAAAUAACAACGGAGAUUGGUCUUUUCGCUGAGAACUGGAAAUACCUUCUUGCUGGUCUUCUUUGUCAGUAUAUUCAUGGUUUAGCUGCUAGGGGAGUUCAUUAUAUUCAUCGACCAGGACCGACGCUUCAAGAUCUUGGGUUCUUUGUUCUUCCGGAGCUUGGUCAAGAUAAAGGCUACAUAAGUGAAACUGUGUUCACUUGUGUAUUUGUUUCGUUUUUCCUGUGGACUUUCCAUCCUUUCAUCAUUAAAAGCAAGAAGAUAUACACUGUAUUGAUAUGGUGCAGAGUUCUCGCCUUUUUAACCGCUUGUCAGUUUCUCCGAGUAUUAACAUUCUAUUCGACUCAGCUUCCUGGCCCUAACUAUCACUGUCGAGAGGGUUCUGAGCUUGCCAGGUUGCCUAGACCACAGAGCGUUCAUGAGGUUCUCUUACUUAACUUUCCUCGUGGGGUGAUAUACGGAUGUGGAGAUCUUAUUUUCUCGUCUCACAUGAUAUUCACAUUAGUCUUUGUCCGCACUUACCAGAAAUACGGUACUAAAAGAUUCAUAAAGCUGUUAGGUUGGGUCAUUGCCAUCUUGCAAAGCCUCUUGAUUAUCGCGUCCCGUAAACAUUACACAGUCGAUGUUGUGGUUGCGUGGUAUACCGUGAACUUGGUUGUGUUCUUCCUCGAUAAGAAAUUACCAGAGUUGCCUGAUCGAACAACGGCAUUGCUCCCUGUCUCGAAAGACAGAACCAAAGAAGAGAAUCACAAACUCGUGAACGGGAAUGGUGCUGAUCCUGCAGAAUGGAGACCAAGGGCUCAUCAAGUGAAUGGCAAGAGUUAUGAAGACAGCAAUGGAGGUCACACCGAUAACGGUAGCAAUGGCGAUUGA